UUCACAAAGCCUAAUGAGAACAGUGCUGAUUAUCCUGACAUGGCUAAGGAAGCAGGCCAAGCAGCUUUAGCUGAUGCCGGGAUUCCUUACUCAGCAGUGCAGCAGGCGUGUGUGGGUUAUGUUUAUGGUGACUCAACCUGUGGACAGAGAGCUAUCUAUCAUGGCCUGGGUCUAACUGGCAUUCCUAUCAUUAAUGUUAACAACAACUGUGCUACUGGAUCCACUGCUCUGUUCAUGGCCAAGCAACUAGUAGAAGGAAGUUUGGCAGACUGUGUUCUGGCACUUGGAUUUGAGAGGAUGGGAAAAGGAUCCCUUUCUUCAGGUUUUUCAGACAGAACUAAUCCAAUGGACAAACAUUUGGAAAUUAUGAUAAAUAAAUAUGGCUUAGCAAGUGCCCCAGUGGCACCUCAGAUGUUUGCAAGCGCUGGCAAAGAGCAUAUUGAGAAAUAUGGGACAAAUCCAGAAUACUUUGCAAAGAUUGCAUGGAAGAAUCACAGCCAUUCAACUAACAACCCGUAUUCCCAGUUCCAGAAGGAGUACACAUUAGAUGAAGUUCUGCAUUCUCGCAAAAUCUAUGAUUUCUUGACUGUCUUACAGUGUUGUCCAACAUCAAAUGGUGCUGCAGCUGCAAUUUUGGCUAGUGAGGAGUUUGUGGAAAAGCAUAAGUUGCAGCCAAAAGCUGUGGAAAUUCUGGCCCAGGUGAUGGCUACUGAUUAUCCAAGCACAUUUGAUGAAAACAGUUGCAUGAAGAUGGUUGGCUAUGACAUGACAAAAAAAGCUGCAGAAAAAUGUUUUGAAAAAGCAGGUCUGAAGCCUACAGAUGUUGAUGUGAUUGAACUUCAUGAUUGCUUCUCUGUUAACGAGUUCAUUACCUAUGAAGCUCUGGGACUCUGUCCAGAAGGAAGAGCAUGUGACCUGAUUGACAGAGGAGACAAUACUUAUGGAGGAAAAUGGGUUAUUAAUCCCAGUGGUGGCUUGAUCUCAAAGGGACAUCCUCUUGGUGCCACAG